CCGGAAACUCGAUAAGAUAAGGUGAAGACCGCCACGACUAGUGCUUUGUGAAGACCACGAUAUCUUCGUCUAAGCCAGGGUGGACGCCCUUAUCUCAUGUUGUGAUUAUUUCCUGCCAGUGCCUUCGCAGCCCAGCACGUUCGAACUGGCGCAUUUGAGAAUAGCCAGAGAAGAACCGCCGAUUCGAGAAGGGUUGAGGGAUGAGAAUCGGAAGAAAGUAUGGAGGCGCACGAUGCAAUCCACGCUGACGCAGUCGAGGAUGGUGACAAAAUCUGUUCGCACUGCACGAGACCCAUUCCAUCGAGGUCCCUUGUACUCCACGAACUACAUUGUAGGCGAAGUCUCGCGAAAUGUUCCCUCUGCGGCGAUGUGAUCCCUGUGUCUCAGAUGGAGCAACAUCUCAGUGAAGAUCAUGCACUAGUCCAAUGCCCUUACUGCCACAACGAGUUCCAGAAGAUCACGUUGGAAAAGCAUCAGGAAGAAUGCCCCGAACAACCCUGUUCGUGCGAGUAUUGCGACCUGAUCGUCCCUCUAUCUGGUCUGAAUGAUCAUUGGAGUGCUUGCGGGUCGAGGACGGAUGCUUGCCCCGACUGUGGGAAGUACAUCCAGUUUCAGGACUGGAAAUUUCAUAUUGAAUCGGGACACGCCUCGGUUGCGCCUACUGGGAUGGAAGAGGUUUUGGGUGUAGCAUGUCAAUACUGCGGAGAGAAAGUCCCGGUGGAAAACCUUGACAUCCACGAAUGGAAUGGUCUGGACGUAAUGCAUAAGGAAGAUCCAGGUGGGUCAUCGGAACAUGGGAUGAGUUCCUACCUCGGGUGCAGGUUUUGCAAGAAGAAGUACCCAAAUGAUUUCAUGGAAGUCCAUGAGGAUCUCCCACUGGGUCUCUUCCAACAUCUCCGACUAGGUCCCUUCCAGGAUCUCCUACUGGAUCUCCUGCAAGAUCACCUGCGAGAUUUCCUGCAAGAUGUCCUGCCAGAGGUAGCCCAGAAACCAAGAGUGACUUCGUUCAGUGCCAAGGUUGUUCGCAGUCGGUUUUGGUCUCGAUGCUCAUCCUACAUCAGAGGUAUUGCUCCGAGCGACCAAACCGUGAUGGUGUUCCUCUUCCUGGCCAGCCGCCAAUUCUAGGUGUGAUGGGAGCUGACAGGCUCAAGAACCAAUUUCCAAGAAGAAAACCCGAAAGAUCCCAGGAAGACAUGAGAUUUCCCAGUCCAUUCCAUUACCAAGAACCCCAAGAAAGAGAAGACGCUACUCAACCCAUCGACGAUGACGAAGACAUGCAGAGCAUAGCGAGAGGCUUGCACGCCACCAGCUUCGAUGAUGGACCGAACCGCUGGGAAUACCACGGUGGAGCGAGGCCCAAACUCCGCGGGCCGAAGACAGAAACUCAGACUUUCUACUGACGGAGUGCCGAAUGAAGCAUAUCCUGAGACCACCUUCGGCCAAAGUUCGCGAGCUGAAGUGGCAUAGUUGAAAAACUGUUCGGUGAAAAUGUUGUUCGUGCUUGGACGAUACCCGGACGCAAUUGCUAUCUCUUGUGUUGCAAUUGACGAGAAGGAAAGUGCGCUCGAUAAGCCAGGUCACUCAUGCUGUGAACCUUGAGGGGCUCAUGCCAUCAGCACUUCUUUCGCAUUCCAUCGUCGAUAUGUGUGAUGAACCGCAUCUUCGGCCAUUCAUGGAAAACUGGCCAGGAAGCCUAUUCCAUUUACUCCUGCACCAGAUUCUCUUGAAAGUGUGAUCAAGUCUUGCCAGUUGUCUGACAUGUCUGGGUGAGAACACGAUGCGGUCCCCUUGCGCGAAGACGGAGUUCUGUCGGUUGAGUGUCGGUGCUUUGGCUAUCGUCUCGAGGAGCGAUCAACACGCGAGAGCAUGCGUCUAGCUGGCAGUCAGCAGGUUUUCAUGGAAUGGGAGCAAGUUUUCUCACCGGCGAUGUCUCCCUGCCAGACGGUGGUCAUCGAGUCCAAAUCUGUUAAAAUCUGUCUUCAGCUGGCUUCGGCUCAUGAGGAUUCUCAUGGGAAAAUUUCCAUCUUUGUUCGGCUUGAAGUGAAUGGGGAAGGAGUACCU